UGUUCUGUAAGUUUCAUGCUGAUUUCACUAGGUUUAGCAGCCCUUACCCAAACGUAUAAUGUUCACCUUGAUCUGCAGGUUCGCAUGGAUGCGGAUGGGCAGUUGUGUGAGUUGCUCAUCAAUUUGGGCCUGGCAAGAGCUGGAGAUGUGUGGCAGGUACUCGGGGGGGGCAUCAGUCGGCCCAACACAAAAGAAGUAACUGACAACAUGCAGAACGACGCUGGAGAAUACGUGGACCUCUAUGUUCCCAGGAAGUGCUCUGCCUCCAACCGGAUCAUCCAUGCCAAGGACCAUGCCUCCAUCCAGAUCAACAUUGCUGAGGUGGAUGAGAGCACUGGCAGGAUGACUGGCCAGUACAAGACUUAUGCCAUCUGUGGGGAUAUUAGGAAGAUGGGGGAGUCUGAUGAUUGCCUUGCUCGUCUGGCCAAGAAAGAUUUGAUCCUCCCCAAGAAUUACUAAAUAAAAAAUCCUGUUA